UCGAGGAGAGUAGACUUUCGGUUGGAGAAGAGAAGAGGAUGAGAGAGUGAGGUUUUGGCUCUAAUCCCCUUCUUGUCUCGAUGCGCAAGGGUUGGCCGUCAGCGGCGGCGGUAGCCGACGGGCCGGCGCGGUUCCGCGGCGUCCGGAAGCGGCCAUGGGGCCGGUUCGCCGCCGAGAUCCGGGACCCCUGGAAGAAGGCCAGGGUCUGGCUCGGCACCUUCGACACGGCGGAGGCCGCGGCCCGCGCCUACGACGCCGCUGCCAUCGCCCUCCGCGGCCCGGAUGCCAGGACUAACUUCCCUUCCCACCACUGCCUCCCCCCACCGCAACGACCGGCGUCCAGCAGCCUCAGCAGCACCUUGGAGUCCUUCAGCGGGCCGCGGGUGCCCGCGGCGCCGAUCCAUCCCCGAUCGUCGCGUGCCAGGAGGCAGGUCGAUCCGCCGCCCCCGCAUGACCUCUUCGCCGUAGAAGGCUGCCACAGCGACUGCGGAUCGUCAUCCUCCGUCAUUGACGACGGUGAUAUCUUGUCGUCGGAGUUCUGGCAGCCAAUGCUGUUCGAUCUCAACCUCCUUCCACCGCAAGAUGACGACUUCCAGGACACGGUUCUCCGCCUCUGAUGUUUGAUCCACGGCCGGGAGACUGGUUUUUCUGUUCCCUCUUUUACCAUUCUCUUUUGAUCUAUCUCGCGAUUACCUGCGAUCUCCGUUUCCCCCUUAAUGUUUACGCUUUUAAGUUGCAUUAGGGUUGAGGGUUUGAUCUUAUCAAACCAGAUCUGUUGUUUGUGUCAGAUCUGCCUCUUUUCUACUUUGUACAUAAGCAACAUUCUACCUAAUAUUAUCUACUUGAGUUAAAUCUCGCCUUCCA